GCAAGCGGCGGUCGCCCAAGGCCAACGAUCGCUUGGGGCGGAUUUGCAGCUCAACGGGCGCGCCCUGCGGCGUGCGCCUUCGUCCGCUUUGCUGCCUUGUGCGGCUGCUCAGCGCCGCCAUGGUGGUGGAAGCCAUGGGCGCUUUGGCGGCGGACAGCUUGGCGCACAUCGUGGGGGAGGGGCCUUUGAUCAACGCGGAGAAGGAGUUCGAUCGCUUCAUGAAGAGCUACGAGUUCGCCAUCGAGGCCCAGAAGCUGAAGCGCGAGGACAUCAAGAGUCUCAUGGAGCUGGUUGUGGAUCGCAUGGACAUGUAUCACCUGAUCGGCGCGUUGCUGCUGGAGUUCUGUGUCGGCUUCUACGGCGAGUUUAAGAUGUUGGAGGAGGACUAUGUCAAUGAGCCCAAGCUCAUCAUGGAGAUCUUCCUGCUCAGCAACAUCGCGGCGGUGGGCUACCUGCUCUUCGCCAUUUGGCUGUCUUUGCACGCCUCGGUGGCCGCUCACGCCAUCGGCGUAGAGUUCCUCCUGGACUGCAACAGACUGACGGUGCCCACGCCCGAGAAUUUGCGGGAGAUGCGGCAGGCGACCUCCCUCUUCCGGUCCACCUACAGGCUCUUCAAGACCGUGCAGCGGAGAUUUGGCCCAGGCAGUGACGCCGCGAGCUCCUCGGGUCUCGGCGCGUCCGUGGAUGGCCAGCCGGAGCCGAAGGAGCUGACGCUGGAGGCCCUCGCCUCCGGGCAGCCGCUGGCCAUGCCGCGGCUGAGGGAUGAUCUCCAGAAGCUGGAGCACCGCGGGAACUUCGCGCAGCACCACCGCGCCUGGCUCCGCUUCGACGCCUACUCGCGGGUCUCCAUGGCUUUGGGCAUCAACCAGAUGCUGCAGUCCAUGUCUUAUUUCAUCGCGGGCCCUGUGCAAAAGCACCGGCCCAGCUUCGCGCUGAUCACGGUGAUCGGGGUCCAGGCCAUUGCCUUCUUCCUGCUGAAGCUGGACUGGAGGUCCAUGGACACCGACUCCGACGACGAGGAGGUGCGCGCCAGCCCUGUGGGCGCUGCCAGCAUGGCCCGCGCCGCCGCCUUCCGGGAUGUGAGCAGCCUGCCGUGUGUCGACUUCUUCGCCAUCUCGGUGACCAACCUGCUGCCGCCUGUGUGGAUGGUGCUGAUUUUGUGGCUGGCCCACUUCAUGGACUCCACCAAUAGCGGCAACCUGGACCACCAAGGCCGGCUAACUGCGCGGGUCCUGGCCACGCCCAUCUUCUUCCUGCACGCCUGGUGGCUGUAUUUGGUGCGCACCUACAUCGCACCCCAUGCCCAUGACCUCCUCCCCGUGCGCCUGCGAACUGUGGGCUACUUGGAGGUGUUCAUGCGCGACGCAAAGCUGGUAGAGCAGAUGGAAGAGGAGGAGGAGCCGCGGGAGCGGCCCCGGCGGCGCCGGGGCGCCAGGACCCCGGGCAGCCGGGUGAAGACCUCCGAGGCGGCGCUGAAAACGGUGCAGUGCUGUGACUCGGUGGAUGACAUCAUGGCCACUGUAGACUGGGAGGAGGAGUACCUGGGGGCGGUCGAGACCUCCAGCCGCCGGCGCCGUGACAUGAGCCCCGACAUGGAGGCCGCCAAGGGCCACGCCACCGAAGAGAGUACCUUCUUGCCCAAGCCGAAGCAGAAGAUCCGGGGUCACGACCACGUGGCCUGGCUGGUGGUGGGCCGCUUCACCACCACCAUGAUUUGGCUCUGGAUCGCUGGCGGCUUUGUCCACAUCUCCAACUGUCUGCUGGAUUUGGGCGGCCAGAAGAAGGACCUGAAUGGCAACAUCCACAAGUCCCUGGUGCUGCGGAAGCUGUCGGCGAGCUGGCCUGAGCCGGCCAACUUCUUUGAGGUCACCAACCUCCACUGCAACAGCUCCGGUGUGGUCAUCGGCUCGCCCUUCGCGGUGCACGCCGCUCGCCGCCUUGAGAGCCUUGAGAGCCUUGAGACGGAGACGCUGGGCCCUCUGGCGAAGAUCGGGGACUUCGAGGCGAAGGCCGCCUGGUGCGGAGGCGGCGGCUGCCGCGCCCUCGCAGCGGGGCCGGAGGGCCGUUGGCAGCUGAGGUCCUUGGAGGCAGCUGGCAGCGCCGAGGACGUGCCGCUCCCGGCCUCUUGGCGCCUCGUCGCCGGGGCGCCGGCGCAGGCGGGCGAGCUGCUGGCGGCCUGGGACGGCGAGCGCGUGGUCAUCUCCAGCCUUUCGCCUGCGGGCGUCCUGGCGCAGCGCUUCGCCGUGCACCCCUCCUGCGAGGACGAUGAAGAAGAAGAAACUUCACGAAAGCCAGGGCCGGGGGAGGUUCGGGGCCUCUACGUGGACACGUCUUCCGGCUGCCAGACCUUGGCGGUGCUGCGGGACCUCGGGGACUCCCAACGCCUGGAAAGUUGGGACCUGGCCAAGGGGCAGCAUCUGGGCUGCUGGCGGCUGGGCGCGGGCUAUGGCGCGCUGUGCCAGCACGGGGCGCGGCUGCUGCUAGCGAGGCGCGGGCCGUCCGGGCCAAGCCUGGAGUCCGCCCAGCUGAGCUUCACGCACUGCGCGGCGGCCCCCGCGGCACAGGACGAGAACUCGCCCAGUGUGGUGUGAUUCUUUGAUGAUCAAAUUUUGAGGUGUCCUUUGGAGCAAUCCGAUUGUUUGUGGGCUGACAUUCUGCUUGG